CCUCCGAGACACAGCUAGUUACGCAUGCGUUACUUUCAGUUGGAGAGGAAAACAGAAAAUGACGAAAGAUGGAAAGGGAAAACGUUAGAUAUGCCUGAUCCAAACUGGCCUGUGGGAAUCACAAAAUCGGAGCAAUCCUUGUCCAAGCCAUGACCAGUAGUAUUGUAGUUCAAAUGGAAGUUGUGCUCCAAAGGCGUGGCAAAGUGACAGGAAAAUUGUGGUAGAGUGGACAAUGAGGGAAAACAAGGACACCAUUAGUAAAGCUUGACUUGGCACAUUGAGUAGUAACCUGUGGAGUUGUAUACGCUGAAUAACCUAUAACAAACAAUGAAGGAACUUCAGCAGAUGCAGCGCGAGGCACCGUCCAGAAUGAUUUCAUAUUUAUUCCACUCAGCUCGAAAUGAGAGAAAUCUCAUGAUGAUGGUUAGCGUAUUGUUACUGAUGUAUUUUUUUUUCAUGGACAUAAUACUUUAUGCUUCAUUACAAAAUACCAACCUUUUAGACCAGAAGCGUGAUGGGCCAUACUCACCCUUCCACCCGCUGUCAGUCAAACUUAUCAUGACUGAUCCUGCUAGUCACUACAUCAUCAACCCAACCACAGAAUACUUCGAUCAAAUUACGCAGUUUAGUAAAAUUUUCUAUUUCAUCACGCCCAAUGUUAUUAGCACAUUUCAUCUUUUCCUUGGACUUCUGGCAGCAAAGUUUGUAUCGUCAGAAUCGCUGAGAAAUCGCAGACUUGGUGUGGUGCUGUACGAGAUCCGGAGUUGGUUGGAUGGAUAUGACGGAGUGGUGUACCGCAGUCAGUCAGGCAAGAGUUUGUACAAGUCUAACCGCCACACUUUUGGUUAUUUGGUGGACUCUGUGUGUGACACAACGGCAGGUUUAGCUUUGUGCUUUGGUUGUUUGUUUUAUUUAUGGAAAUGUCCUCCGACUUCAAAAACGACGACAAUUCCAGAAGUUCUGCCUUGGACAAAACCUACUGAAAGCAAUGUACAGAUUGCUGGUGAAAAGACCAAUGGGAAACCAAGCAAAAAUAUCAUGUUUUUUAAAGUGCUAUGUUUUGGGCUGAUGCUGGCACUGGCUUCUCUGACCUGGGAUCGGACAGUAGAAUCCUAUGCCUCUGUCCUGCAGAAAAGCAUGGAAACCACACAGCAAACGGAGCUCCAGACGACUGUGUUACACUCCACAGGGACAUGGGUGAUAGUAUGGAUAUGGAGAUUAUGUGAAGGCCAAGCCAUGCUACAGAUGAUUCUCAUAGCCAUCUUCAUUGAUAAAGUGUGGGAAUUUUUAAAUCUCAUUCAGUAUUCAGGCUUUGUCAUCCUUGGAGCGUUGAACAUUUUUAGCGAGAUUCAUAUUCGCCACGCUAAGCUAAUCAUCGGUAUGUAACUGGAUGGAUGGGACACAGAAGUGUAACACUGGUGGACUUAGUUCUCUUUACUUUUUUUUCAAGAUGCUUUGUUAUGUUUUUUGAUGUACCAUUCAUAGUUGAACAUACAUGUCACGAAGUUGUAUUUGGUAAGUGUUCCUUAUAAAACAGUAUCCUGAUCCAUUCUGUGAUCACAUGGAAUACUCCUAUGGACCUUCUCAGUCUUAAACAGAGCAUGGGGUCUAUUGAUUGGAGACAUCAAUAGCAGUUUUCCAAAGAAUUUUUAAUAAGAAUUGCCAGAAAAGUCAUUUGUAGAAUGAUGUUAAAGUUGUAUUUUUUUGAAGAAUCUGUCCUUCUAGAUAUGAUUUUACAUCUCAGAAGAAAGGAAAAUGUAAAUAUAAAUGUUGGUAGAUCACAAUAAAAAUGAUGGUUGUGUAAAGGUUGAAAAAAAUAUUAACUCAUUCACCCCUGAAAACACAUUUGAACUCCUCCAGUUUAAGGUUGGAGUACUUCAUUAUGAAUUUCAAGGGUUAAUGUGUUAAGAUGCAGCCCUUACAUUUGAUCUGUAAGUCCUGUAUGAACUAUAGGGUAAUUUGAUGUGAUAUUUAUCUACUUGUAUUUCAGGUAUCUAUGAUAUUUUAUGAAAUUGUAGUGUAACAUUAAUAGCAUUAAAUAUAUAUAAGUGAAACGUGAAAAGACGAUCAAAGGUAUCGUGAAGUAGCAGUCCAAGGGAAGUAACUCAAACAUUUUCCAGAGGUAAUCAUAAGUGGUUUAAUUUAGAAAUGUUCUUAUUUUUAUUAAUUGUUAUACAUAAUUUAUCAAACUGUGUCAUAAGUCUAAAAUAGUUUGAAGUUGUUGUGAUACCCGAGGGUAAUGAAACAGGUGUUUUUUUAGAUAGAGAUUAAGACUUCCUUUAUAUAUAUGCUAUUUAUGUAUAUUGUAUAAUUUUCAUCCUAGCAAGAAUCUCUCUUGAACUGACAGAUGUGCCUAUGUGAUUGUUCGUUUUUGUAUAUAUUUAUAUAUAUAUAUAUAUGAUAGAAAGUACUGUUUUUAUUUGUUAUUGAGUGGAAAUUUAAAUACAGUUUCACAAACGGGUUGUCUAAAGCUUUAGUUUACUUGGCAGUUACAUGUAUUAUACACUUAGUUUGAUCUUAUUUUCCAUUACUACCAAUGUUGGUAAUUUUGUAUACACCUAGCAUGUCUAUAAACAUAUUAACUUGACAAACAAUUGACCUUUUAUUUACCUAGAUGACCUAAUGAUCUUAUAAGCUUAAUGUUUACGUUACAAGGGGUGUUCUGGUUUUGCAUUUAGCUUAACUAGUUACCGGGUGGAAGAGGAGAUUUUACAGUUAUUUAUUUGUGUAUAUUUCUUUGAUAUAAAGUUUUUAAAUAAUUCACGUUGCCAUUACAAAAGUAUUUUAGAAACCAUAUUUUAUUUGUGUUAUGUAUGUUAUGUUAGCAGAUUGUGCAGAUUAAGAAAGCCUGACAAUAUUACAGAGAUCAUUUUUUCAAUCCUUUAGGAGUCCUAUCAGAGAUCACAGAUUACUAGUAAAUACUCAACUGUUUGACCUAAAGGGUAAGUCCAUCUAGCUGAGUCUGUAAGGUGACUAGAUGUUUUGUCACUGUGACAAAACAUCAAUGGUGACUGUGGUCAGUCACCACUACCUUAUUUAUCUAUCAGUUGUCACCUGUCUGUCCUGUUAUAGUGUAGGUACCUUUUCCCCCAUGCAAACAACACUGCAAGUGUCAGAUGACACUUUGUUAAAUUAUUGUACAAGAAAACGUGACCAAUGAGUACAGAGAAACCUGUUUUAUCAGAUCCCUCAGUAUUCUGACUUUCUGCCUAAUCCAACAUAAUGUUGUUAACCCAUUUCUAAUGAAAAGUGCCAAAAGUGACAUAUAUGUCAAUGGCAUCCUGUCAAAUCUGACCAAUGUUUUGUUCCUCAGUGUCAAAUAAGCCAGGUUAAUCUUAUGAAUGUCAUGCCCCACAGGGUGUCAGAUUAGUCAGGUUAAUGGGAUCCUUUGUUAUGACCCACGGUGUUGGAUUAGACAGGUUAAACUGAUGAGUAUCAUACCCCACACAGUGUGUCGGAUGAGAAUGGUUGUUAUGACCAUACAUUUUGUCCCUUAGUGUCAGAUAAGACCAGAUAAUCUGAUGAAUGUCAUACUUCACAGAGUUUCAGAUGAGACCGGUUAUUAUGACCAAAUGUUGUUUCCCAAAGUGUCAUAUUAGACAGGUUAAUAUGAUAAAUAUGUUGUAUCUGACAGGAUAUCAUACAGGGUGUCAGAUUAAACAGUAUAAUAUGACCAUAUGUUGUGCCCCAUUCAUUGGUUGUCUGAUUUAACAGGUUUUGAUUUAAAUAUCUAUUCAUUAUUUUGUUUUUAUACUAUCUGAUCAUAAAUAGGGUAUUUCAAUUGAUUUGUUGUUGCUGUGUUGCUGUAAUUUGUUAAUUUCCUGCUUCAAGGUGUAGAGCCAAUGCUGUGUCUUAGUUUAGGUUUGGUCGGCUCUGUUUAUCCCUUACCUGGGUACCACCCGGUAUGCAGGGCAAUUGAAGAAAAGGGCAAACUAAGUAACAGAGUCAAUGCAAUCGCUAAUCGGGAUAAGUUGAGUUUAAAUAUUAGGUAACAUCUACUGGUUUCGUCUGAACGGUGGGCUUCUUCAGGACAAUGUUGUACAAAAUGUUGUCCCCUAAGGUACUAAGAGGAACUUACCUCCUUCUGUGAAGCCAUGAACUCAUACCACCCCACGUUCAAGUUCACCGUUGAUAUCAGUGAUGCUGAGGUCAACUUUAUAGACACCACCAUUUAUCUACAAUCGGAUGGCAGUGUAGGUAAUAAAACUCAACUUAUCCCUAACCUGUUGCGAUUGACUCUUUAACUUGUUAAUUUAAAGCAAAAUGUUCAGUUGUUUAUGCAUGAGGGGAAAUAACUCUACUGGUCUUGUGGAAAACUUGUUUUGGUUAGUGUGGCUAUUUUAGGAAGCUUAAGAGACUAAAUACUCAACUACCAAAUAUAAAUGACGGAUGGAAAGUUGAUCUCUUUAGAUUUUAAUCAUGCAUGCUUUCAGUAAAACUUUAUCUGUGAUGUGUUUUUAUUAUUUAUUUUAUUAACUAGAGAAGAUGAAGUCAAUUCCUGCAUACAUUUUACCAAGUUGUAUACCUUGUGUUAUUCACCUUUGAAAAAAAUACUGAUAAAAAUGAUGUCCAAAUGUUUCAUAAUCCACUAACACUUUCCUGUAGAUCACUUCGAGCCCAACAGUGAAAAAUCUACAUGAUUUAAUAGAGUUUUCCUGCCUGUAAAAUGAUGAUGAUCUUUCUAUGUGACAAAUAUUAUAUUGUAAGGGAGCAAUAUACCUAUUUGCUUCAUCAACUUUGACCUUUCUAUUAAAAUUUCAUUAUGAGGCAAUCAAAACCGAGCAUUCAAAAGAAAGAAAAUAUUUUUUCUCUCUUUUCAAAAGUUCUAUUAUGCAUCUAGCAAUCACCUCAGUUGAAAAACAGUUCUCCUUUUCAUACGUGUUUAUUUUAGCUACAGUAACUUGUUACAUGUACUAUGGUAAUGUAAUGCAGCCUACAAGGCUAGGCCACUCUACAAUGUAUACUAUUUAACCAUCCAUUACGUACUUAUCCUGGCCUCUGUUAACUACAGCAUGCCCAGGAACAACAGUAGACAUACAUUACAGGUUUUGUUCAUGCCAAUAUCUAAAUCAUUUAUUAUUUUGAAAAUGUUAUUCCUAUUGUAUGUGUAUUUGUGUUUAAAGUGAAUUACCGGUGAUAGGUUGUUAGUUGGUUCAGGUGGUCUCCUUACAGGCAGGCUUUCACAUAUUUGAGUCCUAAAUUAUAAUUGGUAAAAUGUAAGUACAUACAGGUCAUGUUAAUCCAGUUAAAGAAUACGUGUCUGUGCUUGAACAGCUGGUUUAGCCAGAAGAAACAUUUUAUGUCAAGUACUCCAGAAUGGUGAUAAUUACACAUCCAUUACAUACCAACACAUAUACUUGUGUACUGCACAAGACUUGGUAUAAAUCAUGGCAAUUUAUGUUUUCUAUUGAAAAGUUCUAGUUCUGAUAUAAGCCAAAAAUAAUAUUACGACAAAAAAAGGCCAGGUUCUGAAAGCCAUGCAAUUUUUGUGAGCUUUUCAGUUAACUCAUUCACCUCUGAACUAUAUUCCAACCUCUGAAUAGGAGGAGUAAAUGUGUCAUCAGGGGUGAAUGAGUUAAAUCAAAAAUAUAUUAUUAAAGUAUAUUUUCUAAAGCUUUUUAACUAAAUAAGGCAAGGAAUGCAAAGAAUUUUAAAGUCCUGAAUAGUCACUAGAAAUAGCAACAACAUAAAAAUUCAGUUUUUGAUACUGAAAACAAAUAAGCAGAUAUUGACUGCACUAUAUGGCCAUUACAUCCAUUUAGGGCUCACCAGUGGUACAAAAGUCAAAGGGGUGAACAUUUAUAUCUAAAGUUUAAAAAAAAUAUGUAGGAAUUUAGUGAAAGGGAAAGGUGCCUAUGAAAAUAGAAUCAAUAUUAGAUAAGACCAGUUUGGACAGUAAAGGCCCAACAAGUCCUUAAGAGGGCAACCGUAGCUACAUAGGGUCAAGUUAUUCAUCAGAUUUUAUAUAAGUUUAUAUCAUUCAUUUAACAUUUGUUUCAAUAAUAUAAAGUUGUGAUGAGUUUUUGUUCAUAUUCUGUUGUAUACGCUGUUUGUUAUUACUAUCAAUGUACAAGCAUUUAUAUAUAAUGUUGGUUUUAAACAAUGUUUAAUAGUCAUAUUUGUAUUUAAUCUUCAGCGUUACUUGUUUACUAUAACAUAUAUGUCCUAGUAUAGGUACGGGGUUCAUUGGGUCAGUCUGACAUUCCAUGUAAGGGUGUAUAUCACGUCCAUGUUCUUGCGAUAUCUAACUUCUGUUUUUAUAGACAUUGAUGUCUGUUUAAACAGAACACUAUUAAUUUAACAGUUUAACAUUCCAAAUGUUUACAGUGACAUACGUUAACGUUGAAUGGGCUUUUCUGCUGUUGGUUUGGGUCACCACCGAUUAGGCAGGGAUUGGGUUGGUCUGGUAAAAAUAUCCUGCAAUAUAGUGUUGUUCAUAUAGAAUUUGUUAACACGCUUUGAGGGGACAUCAUAGCAUAGGUAAGCGUUUCCUACCUGACAUGUAACACUUCCGUCACAUUGUUUCCUCGAUAUCUACAAUAAAGAUGUUAAUGCAACUCAUAGGCAUGUUAAACGUUUAUAACCUCCCUUAACAUAUUAAACAAGCAAACAAACCUGGUUAGGAUAUGACUUGCUGACAUGUAGUCCUCUGAAGUCCACACCCAUCUUUGAUUCUUUUACCUAUAUCACCAGCCAUGUUAUAAAUUUUACAAUUUCUUAAUUUUCUUCUUUUAUUUGAAAUUUAAAAAAUGAAGGCAACUUGACAAAAUCUUUAAUUUUGUUACUUAGUUUAAAUAAAAAGUUCAAUUAUGUUGAUGAUUAACAAAAGAGUACAUGUAAUUAAUCCUGAAACUCAAGAUAAUUGUUAGCAUUUUAUCUGUGGCAAAUAAGGAGUUGUUCACUGUUAUAAGGUAAUGUGCUUUACAGGAUUCUCCAAUUUGCAUUUUUUUUUUCAUGCAUUCAUUGCUUCCUAAAAACAAAUGAAAGACAGACAAUGUUGUAUGUAUCAUAAAUUAUAAUUUCCUAAAAUAAGAAGGAGUAUGUGAAUAGGAGGUUUUCCUCAUAAUUGUUGGCACUUGGUAUAUAGGUAAAGUAUAAUUGCCAAAAUUACAGCAUUGUCAAGUUCAUUGCUUGCAGAAUAUCUGCUUAUGUCUUAUUAGCGUAAAACUGAUAAGCAUUUGUUAACAAAAACAAAAAUUGGUAUUUGUUCAAGCAGUCUUAAUGUCAGUCGCAUUAGAGCUCCUUCCUUAUAUAGUUAGAAUGUUGAAAUUAAGAGUAUCAAAUUUGUUUCAUACAUUUUGUAUAUUACAAAAUAUUACAAAGAACAUAAUCAAAGCUUGAUUUCCUUAAACCAACAGUUUCAAUAGAUAUAAUUGUAAUCACACAAUUUGGUACAGUUUCAAGGAAACUGACAAAGUUAAGCAAAUUCUUGGUGCAAUUUCCCUAUAUUUAGCCCCCAUUUUAUUGAAAUUGUAUUCAAUUGUGAUGCUUACAAUGUAAUUAUUUUCGCGUGUCAUUAUAUGGUUGUGUUCCAAUAUAUCAUCAUUUAGGUACACAUUUAUGUACAACAUUGGUUUAAAUACACAAUUAUUUAUUUCCUUUUUACUAUAAUAGGGUGCUAGGUUACUUAGGUCUUGAGAUGUGCUGAACUUUAUUUGUGCAAUUUAUCAAGACAUAUAUUUUAAACAAGAUCAAAUUCAGUCCUCAAUAUAUAUGAUGUGAGUAAUACAAGCGUGAACAAUCUCCACAAAACAGCAAAUGUGCCUAGUUCACUAUUAGGAAUUAGUUACUGGGUGAAUCUGUAUUGCAUACAGAGUAACCUGUUAAUAAAUGUUUCAUUUCAUCUUCAAAUAAAAUUAUUUCAUGUUCGUU